GGUUUACGCUAGCUUUGCGUUCGUGCUCACGUUCGGCCCCGACGCGCACUUCAGGAUAGACCACCCGGACCACGCUCAGGGGCUCCACGAGCUCGACGCGCAGCGCUCCGGGAAACCAUCCGCGUCUCCGCCGUCGGCGCAGGACGAUGGCCUGGUGGGCGGCUCCGUGCGGGUCGACCCCGCGGCCGCGCCGGCCGGAGAUCACCGCAGGCACUCGCACCACCACAGCCGGCACCACGUCCACCACAGCCACCACGGCGACCACCGCAGCCACCACAGCAGCCACCACAGCAGCCACCAGCACCGCAGCCACUACGAGGACGGGGCAGGCUCGGCCGACUGAUCUCUCUCUUUCUCCCUCUCAUUCUCUCUCUCUCUCGCUCUCGCCCUUCCUGCCUCUCCAUAGGUGGGAUCUCGCUGUGGAUCUCGUUGUGGAUAUCGCUUUGAGUCCAGAUCGCAUUGCACCGU